GCUCGACAGUCGUUUUACGCAGCACAAUGUCCCAUUGCUUCAUGCCACCGUAGUUCGACUUCUAGAAGUGUCACACCAGAAUGAGCGACCGGCUCGGCGCCGCAUUGACAUUCCUCUUGGUGUCGCUCUUGGUGAACUCUGUUACGUCUACACUCUUGAAGGCAAUCAGUGCAGAAAGUGGUUGCAUGGUGGUUGCAGAGGUAACGGAAACAACUUUCCAACCAGGAAGGAAUGCGAAGAUAAGUGCCUCAAACACCAGCCUCCACCGGUACUGCUGCUGGUGUAUCUGGCAAAUCGGUA